GCCCCAAAACCCAAUUCCCCACAUGGCGUACCACCGCCCAUCGCUGCUGCUCCGCCGCCGGCGCAGCCUCCCUUCCCCUUCCUCCCUCCUCCUCCUCCUCCGCCACCGCCCAUUCGCCUCCUCUCCCUCCCCGCCCUCGCCCUCGGCCCCCUCGCCGGCCUCCUCUAAGCCCCCCGCCCUCUCCGCCCGCCUCGCCUUCGUCUUCGACCAGCUCGACGCCAUCGACCGCUCCCGCUCCUCCGACCUCUCGGCCCGCGACGCUGCCCUCCGCCGCAUCCAGUCCUGGCGCCGCCCCGCGCCGCCCCCUGAGGCGCCGCCGCUGGAGGGAGUGGCAGGACCGCGGCCAGAGCCGGGGCCGGAACCCGACGAACCGAAGAAGGAAGCCGAGGCGGCGGUGGCAGCGGGCGAUGAGGUGGGGAGGAUGAGCAUGGAGGGGGUGCUGCGGAGGGAGGUGGAGCUGGUGCACCCCUGGCCCGAGUGGAUCGAAAUGAUGGAGCGGCUGGCUCAGCAGAGGUACUUCGACCUCGGGCGGGCCGGUGGUGCUGACGAGGCCUCAAUGGCCGCCGCGGUGCCCAUGGACCUCUCAGAGGUCAGCGAGGAGGCCGGGUUCGACUUCUCCAGGGACUGGACCACUGUUAAGAACGCCUGUAUGAACUUUGGCCGCGACCGGUUCGACAUCCUCAAAUCAUUGCCAAGGAAGGAUCUUCAGAUAUUAGUGGGCCAUGGGUGCCCCAGCAUGGAUGCAAAAGCUGUGUUUUCUGCAAAGCUGAUAAGAAAACUUGUCCAUCUUGAUGAGGGCGAUGUAUGUAGCUCUUGUAAUUUACGAAAUGUAUGCUCAAGGGGUUACAUCCUUACACGUAAAGAAGAUGAAGCGAGGACCCUUGAUGUUAUGCGUAUUUUAUUGAUCUAUGGUUUUGAUCACAUAAAGGAAACAGUAGAGAACAAGCCUCUUCUCAAAUUGAAAUCUUUGAAGACUGUUGUCCGGAAAUUAAUACAUGAGAUUGUCAAGUUGAGCGCUGUUCCUAUUGAUCCUAAUCUCCCACCUCCUGUAAUAAGGAAACCUCCUCCUAAGGUGAAGCAACCACCUCCCCCACCAAAGAAGCGAGUUGGACGUGAUGAUGUAGAGAUGAAGAAAGGAGAUUGGCUCUGCCCUAAGUGUGACUUCAUGAACUUUGCAAAAAACAAUGUUUGCUUGCAGUGUGAUGCUAAACGUCCAAAAAGGCAACUCCUCCCUGGAGAGUGGGAAUGUCCUCGGUGCAAUUUCUUGAACUAUAGGCGGAAUAUGUCAUGUUUCCAUUGUGAGCAUGACCGCCCUGCUGAUGAGUACGCCAAGAGCCAAAUGGAAGCAAAGCAAUCGGCACUACGGAAAAGAUUGGAAAGACCUCCACGCAAGUCUGAUGUUUCUAGUUCAUGGAACUUUGAUUUUGAUGAUAAUGAGUCAGACGGCGCUGAUGUUGCUGCAUUUGAGUUUGCUGAUUCAUCUAAAGCAAGGGAGAGCUCACCCGUGGACAGCAUGUCCUACAGAGAUUCUCCUAGGGGCUCAGAGGACGAGGACUUCAGAAUGGCGGAAACAAUGACUAAGGGAAGAGAUAAUAAGUUCUCAGAAAGAGAUAGCUCGCCACCUUCUAGGGUUGGUUUUGAUGAUUUUGAUGAUGAAGAGGAUGACAUUGACAGUUAUGAACUUGACUUAUCAAAAGGAAGUCAGGCUGGUGGAGUGUCAAGGAUGAGUUAUUCUGAUCUUGAGAAUGCUUCUGAUUCAGAAGGUUUUGAUGAAUUUGAUUACAGUAGAAAGCCCAGAUAUGCAGCCAAGGAUGAUAUAGCAGCGCCCACUGAUGAGGAUGAAUUUGAGGAUCACCCUUCCCUGAGAUCAAGUCAUCUUGCUGAUUCUUGGCAUAAGACCAGAGGUCGGAGUGGUUCUAAUAAAUAUAAAAGGGAAUCUUUGGGAUCAGAGAGUGAUGACGGGAUAGAUUCUGAUCUGGACGAGGACAUUGACGAAGGUCUUGGAAGUAAACGAAGCCAUAUUCAGGGAAAUCAUGAGAGAGCUUCUGUCAGGCACAAUGCACUUGCCUACAGUGAUGAUGAACCAUUUCCUGAUAUGGAUUCUGGUAUGGUUGAUCGGUUUCAGUCUAGGCGGACUAAGUCUUCCACAAACACCAGUGAUAACUUCCGUGGCAGAAGCCGUAACUUGAAUGAUAGACAGUCUAGAGGGGACCGUUAUAGUAGAAUGGACCGGAACACCAGUGAUAACUUCCGUGGCAGAAGCCGUAACUUGAAUGAUAGACAGUCUAGAGGGGACCGUUAUAGUAGAAUGGACCGGAACACCAGUGAUAACUUCCGUGGCAGAAGCCGUAACUUGAAUGAUAGACAGUCUAGAGGGGACCGUUAUAGUAGAAUGGACCGGAACGACCAAUCUAAUGGUUUUAAUAUGCAUCGUGGUGGGCCGGUAUCGGAUAGGAGUCGCAGAGUUAGAGGAAAUCAGCUCGAUAAUGGUUCAAGAGGUUCACAAAGAAAUAGAAGUGGCGACUUCCAUGGCAGGCGCUGAGGCUUUUAAAUUGGGAUAGAAGUAUUAGAAGAGGGGACAGGUAAGCAGCAAGUUCCUUUGGUGGAAAACUGAAUGAGAAUUGGAUUUAGAGGUCCUGGCUGAUAUGGGUGCUCCUGGGAAAGUUACAAGUUGUUAGUCAUUUCUCCAGUUCUGCUAACGCUUGGGGCAUUAUAGUGCAAGAAGGGGCCUGGGCCUACCUAUGAGUAUUGACAUGGCAGCAUGUAUGUCUGUUAAGCAAUGUUGUAUUUCUUCUAUUACUUUCUGAAUGAGUAAUAAAGUUCAAUUUAUCAUGUGAAAAAUAUAACAUAAUGGCACACCACAUUUCUUUUUUGGGUUUAAUGUGGUGGAAUCGGGUUUAUGCUUCA